UUCCAAGGGGAGCACUGAACAAGCGGAUGUACUAAGAUGGCGGAGGACUCCGAGAUGAUGGAGGAUUUCAAGAAGCCGAAUCUGCCGCCGUCGUUGCCUGCCCCGUCAGCUCGGGGAAAAGAAGCUGAUGCGGCGACGCCUCCGGCCCCGAAACUCCCGCGAGGCCCUGCGCCGGGCCCCUGCCGGCCUGCACUGCCGGAGUACCAGGAGCCGCCGUGGGGAGGCUGCCCCGCAGAGGAGGGCCCCUCCGGCUACAGCCUGGAGUUGGUGAAAGGCGGCGCGGUGCUGGACAGCGUCAGCCUGGACGGCCGGAGCUGGCUGAUGGUGGGCCGUGCGCCGGGCUGCGACGUCUCCUUGGCUCACCCGUGUGUGUCGCGGCACCACGCCGUGCUCCAGCGCUGCCCGCCGCCCGCGGGGGAUAGGGAGAAGGCUACGGGGGAAGGGAAAGAGGAGGAGGAGGGGGCCCCCAAGCCCGGCCUCUACGUCUACGACUUGAACAGCGCGCACGGCACCUUCCUGAACAAAGCGCGAAUCCCGCCCCGCACCUACAGUCGGGUUCGAGUAGGCCACGUCUUGCGCUUCGGAGGUAGCAGCCGCCUCUUCGUCCUACAGGGUCCAGAGGAAGAUCAAGAACCUGAAUCAGAACUGACUGUAACACAGUUGAAAGAACUGCGUAAGCAGCAGCAAGCCAAGUUAGAGAAGACCAUGCUGGGUGACGACUCUGAUGAAGAUCUAAAGGAAGAGGCAGAAGUGAGAAAUGAAAACACUCAGAAUAAUGAUUUGAGUUGUUCCUGGGGAAUGGGGGAAGAUGCAGAGGAAGAGGAAGGUGAAGAAAACCCAAUCGCCAUUGAGUUUCAGGAAGACCAAGAAGCUUUUUAUUUGAAAGAUCCAAGGAAGGCGUUGCAAGGUUUUUUUGACCGAGAAGGUGAAGAAUUAGAGUAUGAUUUUGAUACCCAUGGAACAGGCAUCUGGCUUUGCAGGGUGAAACUGCCAAUAGAUGAUGCUUCAGGGAAGCAGCUUGUGGCUGAGGCUGUACAUUCAGGGAAGAAAAAGGAGGCAAUGAUCCAGUGUGCGUUGGAAGCCUGCAGGAUACUGGAUGCGAGGGGUGUGCUGCGGCAGGAGGCAGUAUCCCGAAAAAGAAAAGCAAAGAAUUGGGAAGAAGAAGAUUUCUAUGAUAGUGAUGAUGACACAUUCCUUGAUCGGACAGGAGUUAUUGAGCAGAAACGGUUGAACAGAAUGAAGAAAGCUGGAAAGAUAGAGGAGAAACCAGAAACUUAUGAUUCAUUGGUUACAAAAUUAAAUGCAACUGAGAGAGAACUUUCUGAAAUAGCAGAAAAGCUGAAAGCAUCAAAGACAACACAAUCGCAGUCGCCAGCUCAGGAUUCCUUGGAUGAAUUCAUGACAGAAAUAAGAUCAGGAUGUGCCUUAGACAGCAUGACACGGAAAAAGCUUCACUUGCGGACCUUUGAACUGAAGAAGGAGCAGCAGAGAUUGAAAGGAUUGAUUAAGAUUGUUACACCAGCAUCAAUGCCAGAGCUGAAAUCUCAGCUUGCAGGUCAAGAUCCAGAAACACAAAACAAGCCUAAAAAGUUAACUUUACCCCUAUUUGGUGCCAUGAAAGGGGGAAGCAAAUUCAGACUGAAAACCGGAACUGUAGGGAAGUUGCCUGUGAAGCGUCCGGAUGUGCCUGUAAACUUAUUAAAAAUGAAAGAUGACGGGCCAGAGGAGGAGGAAGAGGAAGAGGAAGAAGAGGUGGAAAUGAAGGCUGCAAAUGAAAGACCGCAGACCCCAAAGAUGGAAAGUACAGCACAAGAAAUGAUUAAACAAGAGAAUCUCCCUACCAGUUCUUAUUCUCACAGCAACCAAGACAUGGAAUUCAUUCAUGACGGAAAAUCUGAGCCUCUGAACAAAGAGACUGUGUCACCAGAGAGCUCUCCCCCAUUGAAUAAGCUGCAAAAGCAACCACAAGUAUCUGAAAAGCAUGCAGAAAAGCCCAGGGAUAAGAAAGCUAACAGCACAAGUAGUAAGGUCCAGCAACACGCACUGUCCUCAAGCUAUCCAGAAGAUGAUCCGGACUACUGUGUAUGGAUGCCACCAGAAGGUCAGACUGGUGAUGGCAGAACUCAUCUGAAUGCAAAAUAUGGCUAUUAAACUUCCGGUGAUGGCUUUGGGAAGGAAAGGAACUGUGGCACAGUAAUUGGUACAGGAGAGAAGACUUCACGGAAACGGCAAGCAGCAAACUAACUUGCUCUUUUUAACUCCUUUUAUUGUUUCUUGAAUCAUGCCUUCUGUUGUUUCUCGAACAAAUACAACUUUCCCAAUUAGACGUAAAUGUGUGUAUAUUGUGCUUCAAAAUGUAUAUAGUAGUGAGAAAUAUGUAUUUACAAAUUUGUAUACAGUGUGGCUGGUUUUCUGUAAUAAAAAACCUAACAUGUUUAA